CACAGUGUCGCGGCUGGAAGCUGAGCAGGGUCCCCAAGAUUUUCCUUUCGGUUUCUGACGAUUAGAAAUUAAAUUCGAUGGGACUGGUGCAUGUCAUGAGCGUUCAGCCUGCCGAUGGUUAAGAUACACCCUCCGCAGGGCAAUGGAGGAUCGGCACUGGACAGUGGCUACUUGGCGGCCGACACCAUGCGACCGCCGGACUCCGUGCGGCCCGAAAAGGCCAAAGGGCCCGAGAGCAACCCGGACUUUGCCACCAUCCGCAUCGUCAGCCGCGUUGUGCUUUUCGUGCUCAGGAAGUGCUGGAUGGUGUGUGGGGUCUCGUUCGUCUCCAUAUUCGUCAUCUACUGGUACUGCAGCAGCAUCCUAGCGCUGCUGCUGUUAGUCUUCGCAAUUACAGGGCUGGUGUACCAGGUGGGCGAUUGGCUGCUGUACCACCCGGAGCAGCCGGCCCAUUCCCGGCUCUAUGUGCCCUCUCCGAGCAUGCUGGGAUUGCCGGCCGAGAGCCUGCAGCUCAAGACGCACGACGGGGUCACGCUGCACGCCUGGCUCAUCAAGCAGCCGCCCGAGCUGUUCAGCCAGGCACCCACGCUGCUCUAUUUGCACGGCAAUGCAGGAAACAUUGGACACAGGCUCCCCAAUGUGGGUGGCCUCUUCCACCGCUGUGGAUGCAACAUUCUCCUGCUCGAGUAUCGGGGCUACGGCCGCAGUGAGGGAACGCCCAGUGAGGAAGGGCUGUACCUGGACGCACAGGCGGGCCUGGAGUACCUGCUGUCGCACCCCGGUCUGGAUCAGACCCGGCUGCUCGUGUUUGGUCGGUCGCUGGGGGGAGCCGUGGCAUUGGACUUGGCCUCCCGGCCUGAACAGGCCCAGCACCUGCUCGGGGUCAUCGUGGAGAACACCUUCUCCUCCAUCCCGGAGAUGGCACGCGUGCUCUUUGGCUGGCGCCUGCUGCGAUGGCUGCCAGACUUCUGCUACAAGAACCAGUUUCGGUCCAUCGACAAGGUACCUAAGGUGACUGUGCCCAUACUGUUUGUUUGUGGCCUGUCAGAUGCCCUCAUUCCACCUUCGAUGACACAGCGGCUUUACCAGAGCUGCUCUAGUCCAAUGAAACGACUGGUGACGUUUGAGUCUGGCACGCACAAUGAGACGUGGGAGUGCCGGGGUUACUACCAGAGCCUCUCACUCUUCAUCAAUGAGCUGGUUGCCAACAGUCAUCUGCAACGGGGUGCCUCAGAGUGGCCGGUGGGACACACAUGCAUACACGUGCCGGCUGAAGUCAUCUGAAGUUUCACUGCACUGCACAUCUGCAUUGAAAAUCUGUUCAAGAAUAUGCCUUGCCUGCUUCAUGGUUGCCAAUAAAGAAGUGCACUUUUACUUGCAAUUUU